AGGGGCGAAAACAUGGCGUUUUUGACGAGAAACAAAAACUCAAAACAACCACCAGCGUCUCCAUCCAUAUCUUCUCUAACUCAGCUUCACUUAUACUUUUCUGUUUAUUUAUUACAUCUUCCUAGAUUCUCCCUCGUACCCUCCCUCAAUCUAACCAUGUCGUUCCGUAUAACAUUUUCCUACUUAUAAGUUACUUAUAAGUUAUAACGGUAUCAUAUAUACUCUCUGAUCAUCAUGACUGAGGAUUGCAACAAGGAUGUAUUGGCUGUAAAGGCACCUAAGAAAACUCCAUUGCUAUUGAGAACCACGGUGGUAGUGUUUGCGGUGUUUUGUGGAUUAUAUAUGUUCACGAUUUGUAUUAAGCAGACACGGUUUGCUUCUGAUUCGAAGUUAUUCAAAAUUCAAUUGAUUCAAGAUCCGCCUUGUGACAAAUCCGGUUAUCAGGAGUCGGAACUUGCUUAUUUGCAUUUCCCGAAACCCGGAACAUUUAGAAGGAAGGAAUGUGCUUGUAAUCCUGUACGGUUUUUUGCCAUCCUGUCGAUGCAGAGAUCGGGGAGUGGAUGGUUUGAGACAUUGCUAAACAGUCAUAUCAAUAUAAGCUCUAAUGGGGAAAUUUUUGGGGCUAAAGAUAGGAGGAGUAAUGCUUCGAGAGUUGUAGAGGUUUUGGAUCAAGUAUAUAAUCUUGAUUGGUUUUCUAGUGCAUCCAAGAACGAAUGCUCUGCAGCUGUUGGCUUCAAAUGGAUGCUUAAUCAAGGAGCAAUGACGAAUCAUAAGGAGGUUGUAGAAUACUUUAACAGAAGAGGUGUUUCUGCAAUAUUUCUCUUGCGAAGGAAUUUACUUCGCAGAAUGAUAUCUAUGCGUGCAAAUGCACAUGACAAAAGUGUUAAGUUAAUAAAUGGAACUCACAAGUCUCACGUACAUUCACCAAAAGAGGCUCAAAUAUUGGCACAGUAUAAACCAAAAAUUAACACAACAGAGCUUGUACCCAGCCUAAUGCAAGUAGAGGGGACAGCUAGACAUGCUCUAGAGAUGUUCAAGAGUACCAGGCAUAUUGUUUUAUACUAUGAAGAUGUUGUCAACAACCGCACUAAACUUGUAGACGUUCUAGAGUUUCUAAGGGUUCCAUACAGAGACCUAACUAGUCGUCAGGUUAAGAUACACAGUGGCCCCUUGUCGCAAUAUAUUGAUAACUGGGAAGAUGUUAAAAAAACGCUCAAUGGCACAUCUUUUGAGAGCUUUCUCAAAGAAGACUACAAAUAGUAGUCUGGGAAUGUAAAUACUCUUGUCGUAGAACAUAAUUUUGACCUGGAGAACAUCAGCAAGGAAAAUGAAUACUAAUAACAGGGAAAGGAUGCUGGAGCUGCAUUAUGCCACUUUUGGAUUUUCCAUCGAAAUUCCAUCAAAAUCAAACGGAAGCUUAUACCUUUUGAAUUUCUGUCGGAAUUCAAUUAUACUUUUUUAUCUUGUAAUGCAAUAGUAGUCAUUCAUGUAAAAUGCUCCCCUCAAUAUAAAGCAUCACACUGUCAUUAUUAGUUAGUUGUCAAUCUGUAGUCUAUAGUCUAUACUAGUGUUCUGUGAGUUAGAGUAAAACAUCAGAAUUCAGAGCCCAAUUAUACAUACCAACAUGAAAGAUCUUGCCAAAAGAGUGCACCUGUUUGUUAUGUACUCAUAGUGAACAUGAUGUAUUGAUUCUUAUAGUGAUUUUAUAAUUUUUUUUUUUGAUA